AUGUUUCUUAUAAAUAUUCUUUUUCUUCUUUGCUCUCUUGGAAAUUUCUCUGCUCAAUUGCUUAUUCUCAAUAUUCGUGAUAAUGGUAAAAUUUGUACACAAUGGAUGAAUCGGCCAACUAGUAAUGUGUCUGUUGAAACGAAUCGUGAAUGUAUCAAUGCUGUUUCAUUGGAGCAAAAUCAUACAAAUGCAGAAAUGCAUCUCUGCUGUCAAGGCAUGCUAUCAACUACGCCAGCACCAUAUUUUCCAAAAGAAUGUGGUAAACAAUUGUACACACCAUUAGGAUAA